AUGUUGGCUACUCAACAUCAAUAUAUACAUUCGACAAAUGAUAAGAUCAACAACGCUCCAGGAUGGGACGAUAAGAUUGUACCUACUUUAAAGAAACGACUCGAGUCAGAAUCUAUUUACCUGACCAACCGACUCUCAGCCACUCAAUUUGAAGAAAACACUUCUUCUCCUUCCAUCGCUACCUCACAAAUCAAUACAUUCCCACUUACACCAACAUUCGGUAUCUUCCCUCUUUCCCAAACCCAACAUCCAUCUUCUAGCCAUACCCAUACGUCAAAUAUAGAUGAUCGAGGAAGACAACCAAGUUCAAACCCAACACAAAUCAUCUCGUCAUCAUCAUCUUCAUCGACCCACAGUCCUUCCACCGACGCGGUACGAAGUAAACCUAUACCUUCCAGAAUACCUACUAGACCAAGAUCAAAAUCUCAAAUCUCAACCAGACCUUCUGUCUUUCACUCAAAUUCACAUCCGCCUCCUCUACCUCUACCUCCAGCAGGAACGGGAAUUCCCAUACUCGAAACACGAUCGCGUUCACCUUCUAAACGGUAUAACAUUCCUUCCUCCUCCUCCUCAUCGAGAAUGGCUUCAACCAUACUUGAGGAUAAUGUAAGAAAGGAAAGGGAAAGUUUUGAUCUGAACAUGGGAGAAAGAAUCAGAGAAGGUUUUAUCAAAAAUGAGUUACCACCUUUUAGAAUGAACCCUAAUGAAGCUUUGAGGAUAGCUGAAAAGGGUCAUAUAAUACAUCAAAAUGAUUGGAAUAAAUCGUCAUCAUCAUCUUCAAGUAAUAGACCAAGUUACAAUGCAAACACUGGAAACGACGACGAUCAAGUAGGUGAUGGUGGUCAAGGUGAAAAAAGGAAAAGAGCAAUUACGAUGAAAACGAAUGGCAAUGGCAAUGGUAAUAACACCAACACCAACCUAUUACCCAGAAGUAGAAUACCGAUGGAAAGAAGUGGUUCAUCAGGAUCAGAUAGGUCCUCUACAAGAAGGAACAGUAGACCAUCAACUUCUUCUGCAAUAGCAUCUACAUCUACUUCCACAUCUGCAACGAAUGAUAAAGGAUAUGGAUACGGAUAUGGGAUGUCAGCCUCACAGACUGGAUUAGGACUAGGAAUGGGACAUCCCAAUUCAAUGAACACAUCAAGACUUUCAAAUGGAAAACCAUCACAACGUUCUGGAUCAGCUUCUUCGAGAUCACCAAUCAACGGUUCACCAUCAUUAUCAUUCAAUGCACCUCGUUCAGCUUCAAUGAACAUCUUAUCAAACAGUCCUUCGAUGAUCGGGAAUGCACAUGGUCACAGUCACGGUACACCACCCAAUUCAAGAUUAGGGGUAGCGGCGCAUUUCAUUCCACCAGAAAGUACUUACACACCACCAAAAGGUGCUGAUUGGGAUGAAGUGGUCUUACCGACAGUAGCGAAGAAAUUAGGCAUAACAGACCAAGAAAAGAAGGAAGGUGCGGACAUCAAGACUGAAGAGGAGGAUUUAGCUGUUGAAUGGGAUAAAGAUGGUACUCCCAUCAGAUGGGUGAAGAGGAAAGGUCUACCGAAGGGUCUAGGAGAAUCGAUCGGCAGUCAGGACCCUUCACGGCCUGAUAAUUCCACACCGACGAGGACUCACGCUUUCUCACCUACGUUCGAGCCAUCCCCUGAUAACCCACUACACCCUCGUCCACGACCAUCUCACUCAUCCUCUUCACUCCGUCGUAAACCGUCAGGAGACGCUGUCGAACUAGGUUCUAUACGAACGACCAACGGUCCAUCAUCUACAUUGAAUCAAGGUGAUUCUCAUCCGACUACAUUCCCCACCAAUAUCAGUAAUACAUAUUAUCCAGGUGGUGAACCGUUCUCACACCCUCAAUCACAUAGGAAAACAAGUUCACAGAAUCUGUCGUUAUCGAAUGGAUUUGGUUCAGGAUCAGGAUCGAAUCCAAACCUGAAUAGAAAACCUUCUACAUUGAAAAAACAACCAACACCUUCUGUCUCUCGUCAAACGUCUGAAUUAUCAUUGAAGAAUAAUAGGAACAGAGUUCCGUCAAAUAGCAAUAACAAUAAUGGUAAUGGUAAUGGUAAUGGUAAUGGCAGUCUCAAUAUGAGAGGAAACGUCUUUGCCCCUCCAGGACAAAACCUUAAUCCACUGACCAAUCAGUCUGGAACUCCAGGUACGACACAUAGAAUCACUGAUGCCAUUUAUGAAAAUCAAAUGGCUAGAAGAGAUGGAAGGGUCAACGAGAAGAGCAAUAAAAAGAAGGAUGGUGGGAGUCAUGGUAAAGGCUGUGGAUGUUUGAUCAUGUAA